AGCCAUAGCCCCAUAGCCCCCAUUGUUGCAGCACAGCUGUGAAGCGCUUAAACUGAUUAUUAGUUCUAGUGUCGUUAUCUUCCUCUGAGUUAACAUAAACUAAUGUAAGUCUAUUAGCCGCAACCAACCAACCACGUGACGUCACGUUCCGUACUGACAGAAGAUGGCGAUAAACAUGUUUUUAAAGACAGAGUUACAUCUAUGUCAGUUUUUGAGAGCAGGCCUCCAUGAUGUAAAUCAGCCUUUGUGUAGCAUUUCAUGUCCCUUUAAGAUAUUUGGCUGUUAAACUGUGAUGGCCCAUCAAAGCAGAAUGUAAUCAAAGCUCUGACAAGGAAUUAAGGCAGGAUCCCACGAGUCUGCAAGGGAGGAUGAAAGUAAAACAUUCAUUGAAGUAUUUCUUCACUGAAACCCCUGGAGCCCAGAGCAUCCCUGAGUUUGUGGGUGUUGGAUUUAUUGAUGAAGUUCAGUUCGGUGGCUGGAAUAGCAGAAGAGGAGAGGAAGUCAAAAAAGACUGGAUUAAAUUCUUUGAGGAUGAUCCUCAGCACCUGCAUCAGUAUAUUUUUGAAUGUUCAGCUAGUCAUCACUACUUCAAGGAUACUAUUAAGACUUUGAAGCAACGUUUAAAUCAAACUGAAGAUGUUCAUAUUUUGCAAAGAAUGAGUGGCUGUGAAUGGGAUGAUGAGACCGGAGAGGUUAAUGGAUACAAUCAGUAUGGUUAUGAUGGAGAAGACUUCAUAGCUUUUGAUUUGCAGACAGUGACAUGGAUCACUCCAAAACCACAGGCUGUCACCACCAAACUAAGAUGGAAUAUGGAACAUGCCCGAUUAAAAUUUAAUAAAAACUUUUUCAGCAAUCAAUGCCCUGAGUUUUUAAAGCGGUACUUGCACUACGGGAGGAGCUUUCUGGAGACAGCAGCUCUUCCUUCAGUGUCUCUCCUCCAGAAGACUCCCUCCUCUCCAGUCAGCUGCCACGCUACAGGUUUCUAUCCUGACAGAGCCAUGAUGUUCUGGAGGAAAGAUGGAGAGGAGAUUCAUGAAGGUGUGGAUUAUGGAGAGAUCCUCCCCAACGAUGAUGGGACCUUCCAGAUGAGUGUUGAUCUGAAACUUUCAUCAGUCAGACCAGAAGAGUGGGACAGGUACGACUGUGUGUUUGAGAUCUCUGGAGUGAAGAUGAGGCGAGACGAGGACAUUGUCACCAAACUGGACAAAGCAGUGAUCUGGACAAACUGGAAGAAGCCCACUGACAUGGUGACCUUCAUCAGUGCUGCACUCGUUGUUCUAGUUUUCACCAUCAUUACAGCUGUGGCAUUUGUGAUCUAUAAAAGGAAGAAAGCUGAAUGUUCUACACCCUCUCCUGAUAAUGGCCCUGAGCAGUCUGAGAGACUAAACCCACAAUCCUGAUUGGCCUGCAAGUAGUUCUGUCUCCACUCUUUCCUCUGGCUGCUUCUGUAUGUUAUGUGGUUCAAAGACAUUCAUUGAACAUACUAGUGAUUAAAUUAAUUAAGCUAAUCAUAGAACUUGUUGUAUAUUUUUAUUGCACAAAUAGUUUUGAUUUUUUUUCAGCUGUCUGUGUGUACAUGUAUUUGUCAUUUGAAUCUGCUUCUUUGAGUAAUUACUGUACACAUGCACUAGCAUCAUCAUUACUCUCCAAAGCAACAGUAUCAGAUUUAAUGUUGGUUAGUUUUGGGUAUUACAGUUUGGUUGUUAGACCUAAUGAAGCGUGGUUUGCCACUGAGAAAUAUGCAGUACACAAAGCAUGUGCCAGAUAACAAAAAACGUUACAAGCAUUCCAGCAACAGAAUCUUAGCAAGUUAGUUGCUGUGUGUGUUUUGUGUUGUUAAUUCAUGACAAACUGGUUCUGUGCUGGCUAAUGUAAUUCAAGUAGUCAAAGAUAAAAGACAGUAAAUAUACAGCAUAGAAAAGUACUGCCAUACUUUCUACUAGGUAUACUACUAGCAUACUUUCUGUAGUAAGCUUCUGACUAUAUUAGUCAUCAUGAAUUUUUUUACUGAACUUUAAAAUUGAGGUUUUCCCUCAUAUUUGAUAAAGAUAUUGCAUUGUGGUCAUUUAUAUCAAGUUAUGGAUGGAGUUAGAGUAAUCUAAAUGUGUCUCAGUCACCGGUGCAAUUUGACAGAUUAUGUGCUAUCACUGGCAUCUUACUAAAAACUUAAGACCGUAAAACUGAAUGUAUU